GGUGUUGCUUCCUUGUUGAUGGUCAUCGUUGUUUCUGCGCUGACUUGCUUCACGAAGGCUUCUUGAAAACAGGCUGCACUUGCUCUUUCCCCUUGCCUGCAUCAGUGUAGCCUGCCAUCACCCACCAUGAUGUCUCCCGCGGUGAUGUGGAAAAAUAAAAGACCGGCUAUGGCUAAUGGAGGAGGACGAGAAAAAGAGGAGGAGGAAGAAGAAGAUGACGAAAAAGAGGGAGGAGAAGAGUGGGACGAGGAGGAAAAGGAAGAAAAAGAAGACGAAAAACACAAGGAAGGAGGAGGAGAUGAAGAGGAGGGGGAGGAGGAGGGAGAAGAAGAAGAUGACGAAGAAGAGGAGGAGGAGGAGGAAGGAAAUGAGGAAGAAGAGGGGAGAGAAGAAGAGGAGGAGGAGAAGGAGGAGGAGGGAGAAGAAGAAGAACGCAAGGAUGAAGAGGAGGCGGAGGAGGGAGAAGAAGAAGAAGAUGACGAAGAAGAGGGAGGAGAAAAAGAAGAGGAGGAGGAGGAGGAAGAAGAAAAUGACGAAGAAGAGGGGAGAGAAGAAGGAGGGGGAGGAGGAGGAGAAGAAGAAGAAGAAGAAGAAGAAGAAUGCAAAGAGGAGGAGGAGGAGGAGGAGGAGGAGGGAGAAGAAGAAGAAGAUGACGAAGAAGCGGGAGGAGAAGAGGAGGAGGAGGAGGAGGAGGGAGAAGAAGAAGAAGAAGCAAAACGCAAGGGAGUUAAAGCAGCAAUGACAAAAAAAAAACAAAAACGGCUACACCUAACGGACGUGGAGGAGAUGAUGAUGAUGAUGAUGAGGAGGAGGAGGGAGAAGAAGAAGAAGAUGACGAAGAAGAGGGAGGAGAAGAGGAAGAGGAGGAGGAGGAGGAAGAAGAAAAUGACAAAGAAGAGCGGAGAGAAGAAGAGGAGGAGGAGGAGGAGGAAGAAGAAAAAGAAGAAGAAUAAGACGACGACGACGACGACGACGACGACGACGACGAAGAAGAAGAAGAAGAAGAAGAAGAAGAAGAAGAAGAAGAAGAAGAAGAAGAGUGAAAACAGGGGCCUUGAGGCAGCAACGAAAAACAAAAAACAAAAAACAACAGGUAUGGCUAACGGAGGAGGAGAAGGAGAGGAGGAGGAGGAGGAAGAACAAGAACUUCAAGAAGACGACGAAGAAGAGGGAGGAGGAGAAGAAGAGGAGGAGGAGGAGGAGGAGGAGGAAGAAGAAGAAGAAGAACUCGAGCCGAUGGCUAAGAGAGGAGGACCAGAGAUGAGGAGGAGGAGGUAGAAGAAGAAGAAGAAGAAGAAGAAGAAGCGGAGGAUGACUGUGGCUAACGGGCGA